AAAUCCGGCAGUAGGCUAGUCUGGUUCUUUGGUUGUUCUUGCGCGAAAAACUUAAGUUUGUCACCGUUCACUGGGAAACGGCCCCGUUUAAGUCUAGACAACAUUCAUUGCGGCUGCGAGACUAGUUUCGCAGAACACAUCAGGCUACGGCUGGAUAUAAUCGGCGUCAGAGGCGCGAGCCAGUUGACACGAGCCUGCCACCGUGGCUACCCCAGCGGCUUCUGGCCGCGGCGCCAUGGCGCUUGUGUCGGCCGCCUGGCCAGCGCUGCUGCUCACACUGCUGGCGCCUGCCGCUUCGGGACACGACCACGUCUUCGUUCUAGAGGCAGAAACGACCACAGCCGACUCUCAGCAGAACGCGAGCUCAGUCCAGCCACCAGUGCAGCCGGGCAACGCGUCGUCGCUCGUGUUCCCCUCGUGCACCGCCGACGCCGGCUGUCCCGGGGCCCUGAUGUGUGUGGAGGGGACGUGUGGCUGCCCCUUCUCGCGCCCAGUGCUCAUCCUGGGCGGCAGCGGCAAGCAGAGGCUGAGCCCUCUGUGCGAGCCUCUGCGAGGAGUGCACGAGACGUGCGUGUGGUCCGAACAGUGCGCCGCCACUGAUCCGGGCCUCGACUGCAGGAGGGGCCGCUGCCAGUGCGUCGGAAGGCCGUCGCCAUGGGGUGGAGUCUGCAGAGCACGAAGCGUCACAAAGCCACUUAUAUGGGCAGCCUGCUUUGCCGUCAUCGCUCUCAUCGUUGCGGGCUUAAUGUUCUGCUUCGCCCAGCCGCCAAAGCGCCACAAUUCGGCCUGCUUCUCCGAGUCGUGCCUUCUCUCGCCGUCGACCGGAAGCGUGUUGAACAACCUGGCCGCGCAGCGCCUUCUCUUCUCCCGUCGCAAGGCGGACAGCGCGGGCGACUCGCGCAGAACGAGCGUCGGCAGCAGCGUGCGCCGGGGUUCGGCGCCUUGCGAGGGCGCCCACUGCACCGGCGUCAGGACCCUGUCGGCCGCCAGCAGCUGCAAGGCGCCGCCUCCUCUGCCACGCGGCUUUCUCUCCUGCCACGGGCUGCAGCAGCCCCUGGACGAUCCCCGCGGCGACCUGGGCCGCAGCUCGUGCAGCCUGGCUGCGGAAGGGGCGAGCUGGCCGCCCGUCGUGCUGCUCGAUCGCUCAGAGCCGAGCCUUGAGCUGCAGGUUAUCUCCCUGGACACCCUAAAUGCGCCGCUCGCUUCGGUACAUUCACUGCGACGGGCCAGUGCACCUGCCCUGGUCCUGAGUCCCUGCAGAAGCCAGGCGGACGCGUCCCAGGCGGUCGCGUCUUCACCGCAUGUGCGAUCGGAAGGCGGCGAACCGGCGGCAGCGCCCCAAGCGGCAGCACAGAGUGUCGGCCAUGACUGGGCCUCGAAGCUGGGCGAGCAGCUGGCCAACGAUUCGUACGGCUUCACACUAGAUAUCUCGCAGUCGUCGCUGCCGGCCGUGCUCUCCACCGUGUCGGGCGCCGUCGACGCCGAGCAGCGAAGGGCCAGCAGACAAAGCCGGCUGCGCAGGAAUAUCUCCGAGUCAUUACGCCGUGAGCUGGCCGAUGCUUGGCGAUGCAGCGGUACCCUGCCUUCUUCGCGACUCCUGCUACAGCCUCCUGUAUUUCUAUCGCCUGAACACAUCAGCUCGGCAGCGGAGUCACCAGGGAGCGACUGAAAGCACCUCCGCUCACAGUGCAUCGUCAGACAUGCCAGCAGAAUAGAAACUGGAGAUGCUAAUGCAGCAAUGUUUCACACAACGUUCCGAAAGUGAACAUUCCCGGAAUAGAUGUUAUGCCACGCCUGUAUCGUAAGAAAGCGUGAUGUCUCUUUAAAGAACACGUGUGCCAUAUCGCCACUGGGAAGUUCGACGCUCUUGAAACGCACAAAGGGGGACAGCCUAGCGCGCCCCGUUUUUUUUUUUUUUUUUUUGCGUUGCAUGCCACGACAAUGUCUUUACCUUAUGCUUGUAAUGUGAUUCAUUUGUUUUACCGCCACUUUUGGGAUAUCAUGAAAACCAGGACGUCGGCAGUCGCCGUAGCGUUGUUUAUUGCGACCAAUGGUCACUGUUCCAAUAUUACUUGGUACGGUGCCCUUACAAUUGCACCUAAACAUUGCACUAGCGCCGUGUAAAAUGCCCAAGAAACCAUCAAUACAGCUUCAGUGAUCACGCACGAUAUAUGCUAGAGUAUGUAAGCAGACAUUAUCAUGCAAAUAAAUGGUACGCGUCAGGAGUUAAUUGCUACGUUGAUGAAGAAUGCUCUGUUACUUGCGAUAAGUGAUAUGUUUCAAUAAAACAUUACGUUAAACAUCUUUCAA